UGCCUCGUGCGACCACCUUCUCUUCACCCUUCCCUCGCAUCUCCCGACACUAAUUUAACUCCCCACCCUCCCUCGUUCCUCACUCUUUCUCCCUCUCUUAUUUUUAAUGCAUUUAAACGUACCCCCCAUGAGAUAAGGCGAGGUGGGUGAACCCGAAGCAAACCCUCCCCCUUCCCACCCUUCUUUUAAAGCUCAUAGCCAUCUCCACAUCUCUCUGUAGUCCAGUGAGUCUUGGAUAGCUAAAAAUGGCAUCUGUGGAAGAAGAUAGUCCAACUUUCUUCCCUUCGGAUGCGUCCGACAUAGACCACAGCUUUACGAGCUCCGCCUCCUCUACCUCCUUCGCCACUACCGUCAGUGGCCGGAGCAGCCUCAGCCUACCCUCCUUCUCCUCCUCCUCCGCCCUCCGCGCCCUCCCCCACCGCAGCUCCGACCCCCACUGGUCCGCCGUCCGCGCCGCCUCCAACCUCUCCCCCGACGGCGCCCUCCACCUCCGCCACCUCCGCCUCCUCCGCCACCUCGGCUCCGGCAACCUCGCCCGCGUCUUCCACUGCCGCCUCCGCGGCUUCGACGCCUCCUCCUCCUCAGCCGCGGACUUCGCCCUCAAGGUUGUCGACCUGGACGCGGUCGCCCGCGCCGGCGGCGAGCCCACCAAGGACGCCGUUGACGGCGGGAGGCUCUCGCACGUGCGGACGGAGGCCCGCGUGCUGGCGGAGCUGGACCACCCGUUCCUCCCCACCCUCUAUGCCCGCCUCGACGCCUCCCACUACGCGUGCUUCCUUAUUGACUAUUGCCCCGGCGGCGACCUCCAUUCCGUCCUCCGCCGCUCCCCCGGCCACCGCCUGCCUCCUAACGCUGUCCGCUUCUACGCUGCCGAGGUCCUCCUUGCCCUCGAGUACCUCCACGCCCUCGGCUUCGUCUACCGCGAUCUCAAGCCCGAGAACGUCCUCCUCCGCGCUGACGGCCAUGUCAUGCUCUCCGACUUCGACCUCUGCUUCCAGUCCAACGUCACCCCCGCCCUCCUCCGGCAACGUAGCCUCCGCCGCCGCCAGAAGCGGCCCAGCACACUCUCCCGCCGCACCUGCUGUUUCGGCGGGGCCCAAACUUCAGGCGACAGCGACGAGGAGGAAGACGAGGAGGUGGAGUUCGUGGCGGAGCCGGAGGCGGCAUACUCGCGGGCGUGCGUUGGGACCCACGAGUACCUAGCUCCAGAGGUGGUCAACGGUAACGGCCACGGCAACGGCGUCGACUGGUGGGCCUUCGGGGUCUUCGUCUACGAGCUGCUCUACGGGCGGACGCCGUUUAAGGGCGGGAGCAAGGAGGCGACUUUAAGGAACAUCUUGACCCAGGAGCUGAGGUUCCCUAACGUCGUGCCCGCUGCCGGCGACGACGUGGCGGCGGCGAAGGACCUGAUCUCGAGGCUGUUAGUGCGGGACCCGCAGCGGAGGAUGGGUUGCGCGCGGGGUGCGGCAGAGAUCAAACGGCACCCGUUCUUCGAGGGGAUUCAGUGGCCGCUGAUCCGGUGCGCCCGGCCGCCCGUGGUGUUCAGCCCGGCGGGCGGGGCCCAGAAGAGAGCGGCCAAGGAGGGACGUGGAAAGCAGCAGCGGUGGUGGGGCAAGUGGAAGUGGAGCAGUUGGAAUCGUACCACCAAAAGUAUCGCUGCUAAUAGUAAUAGGGGAAUUAAGUUGGUUUUGGGAUUGAAGAAGAAGACAAAGGAGAAGGAUGGGAAGUGAUCAUUCCAGGAAGAGAUUGUCUUGUGUGAUGAGAGACAGAGUCGUGUGGACUCGUGUACAAAAAAAAGCCCAUAUAGUUUGUGUUCUGUAUUUUUGAUUUAAGUGACAGUGAGUACAUAGUUUUCUGAGGAAUCUUAUGCUAGCCAAGAUUUAUUUACAAAGUCUUCAGGAGA